AUGCCACAAUUAGUACCAUUUUUUUUUGUUAAUCAAGUAGUAUUUGCAUUUGUUAUAUUAACAGUAUUAAUAUAUGCAUUUAGUAAAUAUAUUUUACCAAAAUUUGUACGUAUUUUUAUUUCUCGUAUUUAUAUAAAUAAAUUAUAG